AUGGCUUCCGCGGAUGCCCACACCCCUGGUUUUGUUAGCGAGGCCGACCAACGGAUAGACCGACGCGCAAAUGUCUCUCCCGGCCCAAACCAAUCCAAACGAGACAAAAAGCGACAGCUCCUCACAGACCGGCUCGCCACACUGUCCGAGAAGUUCAGUCGUGAUCGCGACAUGACCUAUCGCGAACAGCUCCAAAAAAUACAGAUCGACACGAACCUAGUGAUGCGACUAGAUCCCUACACUGAUCGGCCGCUCGAUUUUCUCGGGUCCGAUAGACACAACCGGGAGAAGGAGUUUAACAGAGAUCCUGACCCUGAUGGCCGCGGAGGAGGUCGCGGUCUGCUGGAAAUGGCGGGCCCGACAUUCCAGCAAUGGAUACAGGAGAUCGAGGACCUCGUUGAGGAGCGAGACUCUGAGCUGACGAAGCAAAAGUACGAUUUCGAGAAGAAAGCCCAAGAGUUUAAGAACACCCAUAUUUUCAAGACGGACACUGCGAACCGGGAGCACAAGCAUUUGUCAGAAACGCUUCGCGAGCGGCUGAUCAAUGCGAUCACAGCCAAGAAGGUCCGGCUGACAAAAGAGAAGGAAGCUUUGGAAAUUUCCGACGCUUCUGCUCUCCUGUUGCACCCGAAUCAGUUCUCACUCACGAAUCCUUCCAGCCCAGGUGGCACCCAUAGCAAAAGAGCCACACGUUUGCGUCAGAACGUGGACGACCUCGUCGGGUUUGGCGAUAGCCGGAAAAGGAAGAGAAACGGUGAUGAUGAUGGCUCCCCGGCGCCACAAAGACGUUCUGGGGAUAGCAAUGGCACCACACCUUUCUGGCACGGCGACCGUCUUGCGUAUCGCAAAGUUACUGGACCGGUGUACAGUAUUGACAAACUCUUCACGGACAAGGAGCUAGCGAUGACUUACAACGCAGCUGCGUUGGCGUCACACAAAUAUUUGCUGUCGCACCGAAACAAGGUUAACAGCAAUGGGGAGAUGGUAUCCUCGGCAUCUGAUACCGAGUCGGGCGACGAGGACCACGACCGUGAUGCCACGCCUGCGGCAGCAACCAUGGAGCGGGUGCCCUCGCACGCGACGCGGAGCACUAGGGGUGCAACAAGCCAGCUGCCGAAUUUUAUUGAUGAAAAACUUGUUGGCCUGGAGGCGCUGUCCAACUUUGAGAUGCCGAGCAACCUGGAAAAGCUGGCGGCCAACGAGCCGAAGAUACCGCCGAUGUUCAUGAGCAACUACGCGAAGUCGCAUUCUAAGAUUGAUGCCAACACGCCGGCCACGCUCUCGUCUGACGACAUCACGUCGGACUUGGCGGUUAUUCGGCUUCUCCGACAGUACGAGAAGCUGCACGGCGCCGGCUCCAACUUUGACAAUGCCAAUGGUGGCCGCAAGGUCCUGCAGGCUACAGCGUUCUCGCCCAGAGACAGCCGCUACCUUGCCUACCUAAAGCAUGAGAGAGAGGAUCCCGAACGUUUGCGGAAGGGUCUGCAUCUGCCGUCGAGCAAUGUGCGUGACGAGCCAUCGACGCCUGUAGGUGCAUCUAUUGCAAACCUGCAUGCUGCGGCCAGCGCGGCCGUGGGAGCUAGUCCUAUGAGCCGGCAGAGCAGCCAAGGCGGAGCAGCGAUGAGUCGGCAAGGCAGCAACACGCGUGUGCAGAGGAAGCGAAAUUGA